AUGACGACUCAACCUCGAAUCGACGAGCUUCCAGACCAGCCAGGACGCUUCACAACCACAGCAGACACGACGAUGAUGACACACGUAAACCGGCGGGCCGACGUGGCCGACGUCGAGGACGAUGGAGCCGGUAAGCAUGCCGUAGCUAAGGAGCAGAGUGUGGCUAUGGCAACCCCGAUCUCGUCCGCAUCAUCGUGGAUGGAGCAGCCCGAGUCUGAGUCCGACCAUGUCCGGGAAACAGAACAACAAUCACCAAGGGGAGGGUUGCUAGGCCGGUUGCUGGCGCCUUUCUCGUCCUCCCGAAAGGAGCAAGGUGGCUUCGCCACUGCGACAGCGAUCGCGAAGAGCUCCGAAACAGACCUGUCCUCGGACGACGAGAGGCCACCGACACCACCACUCCCACCAGCCGACAACAAGCCGGACGCCGGGCCCGACCCCCCAUACCACGUGUUUACCACGCGGAAAAAAUGGCAGAUUGUGUACAUUGUCUCGUUGGCGGGCUUGUUCUCACCGCUAUCGAGUAACAUUUACUUUCCUGCGCUGGGGGACAUUGCCGAGUACACCGAGACAAAUAUUGCCAUGAUCGCGCUGACCGUGACGGUCUACAUGAUUGUCCAGGGGUUGGCGCCGUCCUUUUGGGGUCCGUUGAGCGACACGCGCGGACGCAGGAUCACCUUCAUUGGCACCUUUGCCGUGUACCUGGCGGCGAACAUCGCAUUGGCGUUCAGCGAUGACGAGUUUGAGAUUCUCAUGGCGUUUCGUGCGGUGCAAGCUGCAGGGAGUGCUGCGACAAUUUCCGUUGGCGCUGGCGUCAUUGGCGACAUCACAACCGCAAAGGAACGCGGUGGAUUCAUGGGCAGCUUUGGUGGCAUCCGCAUGCUUGGCCAAGCCGUCGGCCCCGUCAUUGGCGGGAUCGUAACAGAAUACUUUGGGUUCCACGCCAUCUUCUGGCUACUCUUCAUUCUGGGCGCGAUUGCCUUGGCGCUGGUCGUCCUCUUCCUCCCCGAAACCCUGCGCCGGAUCGCGGGCAACGGCACCAUCCCGCUUCGGGGGAUUAACCGGCCCUUCGUGUACCAGUCUCUCAAAAAGGACUGGACGGCCCUGCACCCGGACGACGACCCGAACGCCGAGCCCGAAAAGGCGCCCCAGAUCACGCUUUCCUCUGUACUUUCCCCGCUCCGUUUCCUCUUCGAAAAGGAUGUCUUCUGCACGCUGCUAUUCGGCGCCGUCGUUUACGCCAUCUGGAGCUCCGUUACGUCCUCGUCCACCGCCCUCUUCCAGCCACGCUACAACCUCUCCGAUCUCCAGGUCGGCCUCAUUUUCCUCCCCAACGGUGCGGGAUGUAUCUUGGGGUCGUACCUGACGGGCAAAAUCCUCGACCGCGACUACCGCACCGUCGAGGCACAGUACCGCCUCGAGAAGGGCCUACCCGCCGAUGCGCCCGUGAGCAGCAAGAAGACAGCCGAUUUCCCCGUCUCACAAGCCCGUUUGCGCUCGGCAUGGUACCAGGUUCUCAUCUUCGUCGCGAGUAUCGGCGGGUACGGGUAUGCCAUCACGAGUCCCGUGCUAGGCACCUCGCCGAGCGGCAUGGCCGUGCCGCUGGUGCUGCAGUUUAUCAUUGCGUUUACGGCCACCGGGCUUUUUACGCAGAACAGCGCGUUGAUGGUGGAUCUGUACCCGGGGGCCAGCGCAAGCGCGACGGCGGUCAAUAACCUGAUUCGUUGUGCCAUUGGCGCCGCCGGCGUGGCCGCGGUGCAGUUCAUUAUUGAUGCGAUUGGCGCGGGCCCGACGUUUUUGAUGUUUGCCGGGGUGACGGUUGCGCUGUCGCCGCUGUUGUAUCUGGAGUGGGUGUUUGGGAAUCAGUGGCGCAUGGCCAGGAUGGAGCGGCUAGAGCGAGAGGCGGCUGAGAAAAAUGGCGUGGAUGGGGGGGAAUCGGGGAAGAGUGCAUAA